CUUUUAUAUCUCUCAAAAUCUGAGUAAUAAUACUCGUAAUGUAAUACGGAGCAUUUGAUUCCAGGAAGCAGGAAAGAAAAUGGUAUUCCCGGCUAACCCGUUAUCUCUUAGCGUACCCGAACCCGAAUUCGAGAACUGGCUUCGAGACAGUGGCUAUCUCGAAGUUCUCGACCAACGCACCUCCGACCUCCACCGCCUGUCCUCCACCGCUUCCACCGCCACGACACCCUCUUCGUCUGAAACCGCUUCGGCUACUACCCCUUGCCCAAUCAGCAGCGGAAUUUUCUUAUCAUUCUUUUCAUUCGUCAGAACUCUGCUCUCUCUACUCACUCUCAAUCCCUUCUCCAAGCUCACCUCCGACGACUUUUCCGGCGAGACCCCUUGCUGGACGCUUAAUUUCUUCGGGUCUUGUGAGUCGUAUUCGUUUCCCUCGUCGCCGGCCCAGGCUCGCCUCAGGGUCCACGAGAAUGUCAAGCGUUAUUCCCGCAAUUAUGCUUCACUCUUCGUUGUAUUCUUCGCUUGCUCUUUGUACCAAAUGCCGCUUGCCCUUGUUGGUUUGCUAUCGUGCAUAGCCCUCUGGGAUUUGUUUAAGUACUUUGGUGAUAAGCAUGGAUUAGAACAGCACCCAAUAAUUAAGCCGAUCUUGAUUGGGAUUGCCCAAUGUGCAAGUGUGGUUAUUUUACUGUUCGCCAAUGUCCAAAUUGCUCUCUUGUGUGCUCUUGGUGUUGGUUAUGCAGUCUUGAUUUUGCACGCUUCCUUCAGGAAGCUGACCCCUUCAAAGCGGCCAACUCAAAGAGAUGGAACUAAAAGAUCAUUGUAAAGUGAUUUCUGAUCAGCAAUUGUAGCAUGAAAUAUAAAAGUUAGCAACCUUACUCAAUGCUAGUAGAAGAAAAGGAUCAUCUGUAGUAGGAUCUUGAAGCUUACCAUCAAUUCCAGGACGGCAAAGCAAAUUUGUUGUACUACCAACAAUCUGGCGUAAUAAAUAACUGUUACUAAGUAAUUUCUAUUUUGGGGAAUUGUGAUUUCCAGUGAACGAACCAUUCCUCUUUUAUGCAAAU